GGCAGUGGGGAUGAGCUGGAGGGGCUUUGCCCAGCGCUACCAGUUACUUCAAGGGCCACUUUUCCUUUCGUGGCCCGUUUGCUUUCUCAGGAAAAGGAGCUACUGGAAGUGACACCCCCUCCAACAUCCGUACACGAAGCUGUUGUCCUGGGAGACAAGAAAACCUACGCUGUCUAUGACCUGCUGAGCCCCUCGCUCUUCAACGCAUCUCGCAGCCUCAACGUGCAGCUGAAGUGGAAGCGGCCCCAAGACAGCUUGGAGAUGCCCAUCCCCGUGCUCCACGCCCAGCGGUACGUGGGUGGGUACGGGCUGCAGACCGGCGAGAUCUGCACUCUCAUCUACAACACCCACCCCUACCGGGCCUUCCCCGUGAUCCUGCUGGAGACUGUGCCCUGGUACCUGCGGCUCUACGUGCACACCCUCACUAUCAUCACCAAGGGCAAGGAAAACAAGCCAAGUUACAUCCACUACCAGCCAGCCCAGGACCGGAGACGGCCUCACCUCUUGGAAAUGCUGAUCCAGCUGCCAGCCAACUCUGUCACCAAGAUCACAAUCCAGUUUGAGAGGGCCUUGUUGAAGUGGACAGAGUACCCACCUGACCCCAAUCAUGGCUUUUAUGUCGGUUCAUCUGUGCUCAGUGCCCUGGUGCCCAGUGUGAUUGCGAUGAAGGACGUGGAUGUGGAGCAGAGCCCUCUCUUCACCUCACUGUUUCCUUCCUCUGAUGGCUCCAGCUAUUUUGUGCGCCUGUACACGGAGCCACUGCUGGUGAACCUGCCAACACCAGACUUCAGCAUGCCCUACAACGUCAUCUGCCUCACCUGCACCGUGGUGGCCGUGUGCUACGGCUCCUUCUACAACCUGCUGACCAGAACGUUCCACGUGGAGGAGCCGAGCCGGGGCGGGCUGGCCAAGCGGCUGGCCAACGUCAUCCGAAAGCUCAGGGGGGUGCCCCUGCUCUGAGAGGAACCAGGGCAGCCAGCACUGGCUGUGGGGCUCCGUGGGGAGACCCAGGGAGCAGAGCACUGAUGCCACCUGUCUUGGCUGGAAGCACCCUGCUCCGUUUUGCUGCCUGGAUCUCUUUGGGAUCCACCAAGCUGAGAGAUCGCUUCCAUCCUGAAGAUGGAAAAUGGCUCUAAGCCCAUUGACUACUGAACUGCACUGCUAUGGGAUUGGGAAAGGUACAAGACUUCUGUUUGGGAGAGGUGUAACAAGCUGGGAAUGAUGCUGGAAGUAAACUUGAGUGUUUUGUACA